AUGAAUAAACUGAAUGCAGGUGCACUGGAUACUUCGGAUGCUGAUAAUUUUUUCGUUUGGGUGAAGAAUAUCUCCGAUCAGGACUGGGUAGCCGAAAUGUGUAUUGUAGCAGUGAUGUAUUGUUCAGAUCACAGCGAAACUAGCGAGCGAGUGACGACUAUUCGAUACAAUUUCCAGUCUUACUGCGAGAUUCUUGGCCCAUGGGAAAGUUUGGAACGACACGAAUCUUUAGAAAUGAAUUUAUGGACUGAAUUUCUCAGCGGCUUCUCCUGGGAAAAUAUUUUGCAAAAAUUUUGCAAAAUUGGUCGUUUUUGCGAAGCUCGUUUGUUGUGGGGCCGUUAUCGCACAGUUUUAGAAGGAUGGAUCAAAGAGCCAGGGAGAUUUGUGGAGUUCAUUGAAGAUAUCGAUCACGUUUUAUGGGGUACUCUUUUUUUAUUUGGAAAAUGA